GCGACAAUUCCUUGUCGGAUGGCGUAAUUCGAUCAGGCUUUGCAACUGCUUGACGUGCGCGAAGGUACGUGCUCGUCCGAUUCGCAAUACAAGGUGCUCAUCUCGUCAGUUGGCUCGAAGAUUACUGAAAGGAGAUUGUUCGCCAUAUGUGCGUGUUUAUUUGUCGACUCUUGCCCCCCCACCGACUCUUGCUCUUCUUGUCUCUAAAGCACAGUGUUUACACCCUUCAACCCUGGCUCGAUCAAUAAUCACAGAGUGCUUGAAUCAUACAGACCGUCAAUUCUCGAGUCUACUGGAGGAGAUGGCUGCUGCUGUGGUCGUGCAGACAUCGCAGGAUCCGAGUGCUGGUUUCGAUAGCCAGUACGGAGUUGUCACCGCUGGGGAGACACAAGCACAUAGCGUAUCAGCAGGUCCAAAUUCGCUACUCGUCGUAUCACCAUAUACCUCACCACCUCAUCUGCUAGACCUGAACGGAUACUCCACAGCAAGCCAGCUAUUCGCAAAAGCUCUCACGAUAUUCCAACCCACUCGGGCAGAUUACGCGACAGCAGAUUAUGUCGAAUCAUUCAAUUUUACGGAAGUGAUUGGUGCUUUAAAGGCACUUGCGAAGGCGGAAGGUCAUACUUGGCAGAAGACGGAGUUCUACGUCGUCAGCUUCAGGUCGCAGCUCAGUUCCGAUGCCGAUCCGGUAAGGUUGUUCGAACUUGACUCGUUCUCUCACGAAGAAGCAAUGACGAGUGGUGGGCUCCUGAAGUAUUGGUAUGGCGUGAAGAACCAAGACAGACGAAAUCUGGCAACUUGCUUUUGGGAGAGCAGGCAGCAUGCGAGAGAUGGAGGACGGGGACCCUGGCAUGCAAAGGCUCGAACUGCAGCUGGCAUCUGGUACGAAAGCAUUGUCUUCAAGACAUAUACGUUGACGAUUGAAGAUGAUCUUGACGAUUGGAACAUAAAGGACUUUGAAGAGGGAAGAUGAUGAACUUGCAUCCUUGUAUUAGACCAUCAAGGUGUCAGAAAGAUCAAGGGUCCAGUCUGUGCAUGAGCCUUUCAGUCGGCGCGUCAUUUGACUGUAAAACACCCGGGAUCGCGAAGCGCUCGAGCCCAACGACAAGCCUACCUGUCUAGUCGGCUGGCGACAGUCUACAGACAGUCGACGUAGCGAAAGACUCAAUAUCGCUUGUGUAUGCAAGAUACUAUGAGCAAGGCAAACUAGAGCAGCUUUUGGCGAGUAAUUUCACUAGUCUUCUGUCGACGAGAGGACGGCGUCGGGUUCGGCGAACACAGUACUCUUCU